UAGCCCUGCGGUAUAACUACAAAACAAUCCCCUUAGCAUCCUAUAGGUGGCGAUAUCUCAUUUUUGUGCUCCAAAGGAAAAAGGAAGCACUUGGAAAGCUACGAAAAUGGCAGAAGUGGUCGAGCUCCAAAAACUUAAGUUAGCUGAGCUGAAGCAGGAGUGUGCACUCCGUGGGCUGGAAAUUAAGGGCAACAAAGGGGAUUUGAUUGCACGGCUGCAGGCAUACAUUGAUGAACAUGAAGAUGAUGUCAAUGAAGAAGUCUUAGAAGAGUUUACAGAGGAGGCAGCAGCACCUGAGGAAGAAGUCCAAGAAGAAGAGUCGGCUGCACCGGAAACCGAGACAGUGAAAAAAGUUGUCAAAAUCAACCUUUCUGAACCAUCUGAUGAGAGACUGCAGAAGAGAGCAGAACGCUUCAAUAUUCCUGCAAACUCUGAUACCAAGAAGGCUGCACGUGCUGCAAGGUUUGGACUGCCAGCAACAUCAGUGCCCUCUAAAGGAAUUUCUGCUGCUGUUUCAAAACCCAAUGUUGAUGUUGAGGUCUUGAAGAAGAGAGCAGAGCGAUUUGGCAUGAACGUCUCCUCUGUGUCUAAGAAGGUUGAAGAGGAUGAAAAGCUGAAAAAGAGGAAGGAGAGAUUUGGAAUUGUCACAAGUGCAGCCUCAGCUGGACCUGACGAUUCAGAGGCAAAGAAGCGAAAACGAGCAGAGCGGUUUGGAAAUGUGUGAUUGCAUAAGGCUUUUUUUUCUUUCUUUCUUUUUACUUUUUGUAUUUUUUUUUUUUUAAAUCUUUCAGCUAUUAGAACAUUGUGUACUUUAGUCACUGGUUGUUUUGCAAGUUCUGUACAAUAAACAUCUGACAAAUUUCUAUAAAUGUCUAAUCUGUAGUUUUUGAAAUCUGCAGCAAAAUUACCAUUAUUGCAUACUCUAAUAGUCUUUCUGGGUGUUGUGUUUUAAUCAGUGUGUUUACAUUUUUUCUAGAAUUCAUUUUAACAAUUUUUUUAUAACAAAUACUGAAGUUUUCAUGUUAUCACUUUUAGUUGCUUGUCACUGGUCAGAUAUUAAUUUGUUGGUAAUCAUCAGUACAGUAGUGUAUGAUCUAGUGUAUUGGUUUUGGAUAACAUUUUGAUCAUUUCUUUGUUUGACUUGUUUAUGAUAGAGGUCCCAUGAAGGAAAAAAAAAAGGAAGACUUCCGUUUCCCCCAGUAUGGGUUAAUUGUUGAAGGCCUGUGGAAAUCUAUUCAUUGCUAUUCAAAUACUAUUGUUCUUCUGUUCUGCAUCCAUUAAACAUCCACCUACUGCCA